AUGGUUGCACUUGAUUUAUCCAACCGUAAGAUUUUUGAUGAAAAAUUAGUAAAAUUACUUGAUGAGCAAUUGGAUCGGUAUGAUUGGAGAAAUUUGAGAAUAUUAAAUUUGGAGAAGAAUCUUAUUGAACGUAUUGGUUGUUUGAUGGAGACAGGGAGAUCGUUGCAAUUGAGUAAUUUGAGAGUUUUAAAUUUGAAUGAAAAUCAAAUUGAUGAGGAGUGUAGUUUGUUGUGUUGUGGUGUGGAAAAUUUUAUCAAUUUGAAGGAAUUAUAUUUGAGAACGAAUUUUAUUAGAAAUAUUGUUGUGAGAACGCAAUUUCCUGCUUUGGAAACGUUGGAUUUGAGUGGUAAUUGUAUUGGAAAUCAGGGAGUUGUUUCUUUAUUGAAGGAUGGUCUUGAAAAUUUCCCAAACUUGCGAAAAUUAGUGCUUUCUAAUGUGGAUAUGAAGAGUUUGGAUCCAUUGCUCAUGAAUUGCCACAAUUGCCCAAAAUUGAAAUGUUUAGAUUUUAGUAAUAAUUUUAUUUAUAACUCACAAACGAUUCAUUAUAAGCAUUUUAAUUUUCCAUUAUUGGAUGAGCUAUAUUGCUCAGCAGUUAAUUCUACAGCUCGUUUACAAGAAUUAAUUGUGGAAAAAUCACUUGAUUCCUCCCUCACAACACUUGAUUUAUCACAAUGUUAUGUUGGAGAAGUUUUUUUGAAAGCUCUUUCUUUGGGAGAAUUCAAGAAAUUGACUAAACUCUUACUAUCUAAUAAUGAAAUUGGAAAUGAGGAAGUUCUGCUAUUGGGAAAACUUGACAUGCCGAAUCUAGUUCAUCUCAAUCUUGAUGAUAACCUAAUUGGAUUGGAAGGCGCUAACAUCAUUUCCAAUUUUACUAAUUUUCCUCAAUUAGAAUUUCUUUCCUGUAGAAAAUAUCCCGCAACAAAACACAAAACAUUUGAAAGUUAUUCAUUGAAUAAUUUUCUUGAGGAUUGCAGGGAGGAAUUGGGAGAGGAAUUAGAGGAGGAAGAAGAAGAUUGUGAAGAGGAUUAUUAUGGAGGUUUACGUAAUUCGAAAGGAAAGGAAAUUAGUUUUGUAUCGUCGUUUGUUAGCUUUACUUGGACAAAAAGUGAUUAUGUCUAUGUCUAUUAA